CGGGUUUAGGUUUUUCUUAUAGAUCAACAAAACACGACGUUUUACGCAUGACCUACUAGGCGAACAUCGUUUAUUAUGCAUGUAGCAGAAAGAAGACGUUUGAAAGCGAUCAUUUUCUGACGCAUUUUCUGCUUUCUUGCUGCCGAGUUCUGUCUAAGAUAUCCAUUUUGCUCCAAAUUCGUGCAUUUUCAUGGGCCUUAAUUGUGGGCACUUGCUUUUUCGAAAGCUCUUUUUUUCGUUUACAUGUUCAUGUUGAUUGACAUUAUGUCCUGGUUCAUUGCACGUUUUUUUUUGCAGUGCGUCGAUAGAUCUGCUCUGAUUUGCUUCGAAGGUGACCAACCCAAGGAGAGGACGAUAAAGGCACUCUUCGAUAUGCUGACGUGCGUCUUCGAAGGUGCUCCUGAGAACAUCAGACCACGACUGGCACGCUCACUGGCCUGUCCACUAGUACAACUACUAAGGCUCGCUCUGAAGCAGUUCGCCGAGGUGAUCACGUGGCCCCUCUUCGCCGAACAGGUCCAGGACUCAGUGGAACAGCUGGCCACGCUGCUACUUCACUUGGCCAACUGCCAGAACGGCGGCGGAAAUACUCUGCAUGCUUCGUCACAGUAGAUCCUCCAUCCAACUCGCAAGCUACAGAGAUCUUCUACCAAUAAGGAACGCCAUGGCCUUCUGCAUUGCCGUCACGAUACCCUUGCAGUCUUCUUUCACGUGGCCUCUCGUCAUAGCAGCUGCCAGCCAGCAAUAGGAUGCCACGUAUACAGUGUGAACGACGUCUAAUACUUAAUGCAAUAAAAUCUGAUAUACAUUACAUAAAGUCUAAUAAAAUCUA